GAACACCCCCAGUAAUCUAAUUCUAAAGUGUUCUGGGGGUGGAACCUUUGAAGCUACUUCCUCAGUUUCAGAAUUACAAGCUCCUAUCUUCCUAAAAUAAUGGCUUUGCUUUCUCUCAACGUGGUUUCAGUUCCACCAAGAACAACAACAAUCUCAAGCACAAGAACAAGGGUGCCUUCACUUCCUUUCUCAUUCACUAGUAGGUUGACUCACCACAGCACUUUCUGGUUUUCUUGGUUGUUGAAAGACUACAACAUUGGGUUUUGCAAAGUGCCAUUUUUAGUGUUCUUAUGGAGGAGGUUAACUAUUAGAGCAACAGAAACCGAUACAAAUAAUGUUAAGUCUCAGGCACCGGAUAAGGCUCCUUCGAAAGACGGUUCAAGCAUCAAUCAGCUUCUUGGUAUUAAAGGAGCUGCUCAAGAAUCAAAUAAAUGGAAGAUUCGCCUUCAACUUACAAAACCUGUCACUUCAGUCUAUCAUCAAUUUCCUGUAGGGUGGGCUGGUCAGGCUUUGUUUGGGACACUCACAUCAGACAUUAUUGUCCUGACAUUGCUAUACAGCAUUGCUGGAUUGGGCAUUGCCAUCGUCAACGACUUCAAGAGUGUUGAAGGGGAUAGAGCUCUUGGGCUUCAGUCUCUUCCGGUUGCUUUCGGUACUGAAACUGCAAAAUGGAUUUGUGUUGGUCCUAUUGACAUUACACAAUUAUCUGUUGCUGGUAUAUUUUUUAUCCCUCCAAUACUUAGAUAUUUGAUCUGCAUUCCAAGGUUCUUUUUCGUUUUAAUGUACAUUGUACUCUAUCUGGAAAUUAUUCAUUAUACUAAACGAUUAUUGUGUAUCUUUAUUAUUUGUGGGUUGUAACCUUGAUGACAGUUA